AUGAUGAAAAUUAAAAUAGUGAUUGAAAUGAUUUUAUUGUUUGGAGAGAUGUUACGCACAGAGACCAGCCUCAAUGAAAAACUAUUGUUCAUUGCACGGAACCUCUUUUUCACAGAUAUACUGCUUGAAACAAUUGUAUUAGAAACAAAUAAAUAUGCCAAUAAUAAAAUAGAGCAGCAAAGCUUAUCUGAACGAUCUAUAUGGAAUAACUGGGUCGAUGUGACGAAAGAAGAGUGA